AUGGAUGGGCCCCAACCUCGCCCUGCCCACUUGACUUCCCCAAACCCCUUCCUGGAGGCUGGACCUGGUGCCCGGGAGCGAAGGACUGUGAACUUGGGUGGCCUGAAGAGCCAGAGCUCGCUCUGGCCACCAGCUGGUCACCCUGCCCCCUCCCCACCCCCGAAGAAUGGGUGCAAAGAAAAAAUCCUGGCUUUGUCCCCUCAUUUCUCAGAGAAGGAAGGCCACAAGAGACUGGUGCAAGCUGAGGGGCUCAUGCAAGUUGGGAACUCAGUUUUCAGGCCUCGAGACCUACAAGUGGCUGUCUUCAAUGUCACUAUUUGUAAUGCCUUUCUAGCAGGGCAUGUGCUGCGCUCGGGCCGCUGCAGCCUCGGCGCGCCCCCACCCUGCUUCCUGCCUCGGCAGCUUUGCCCGGGCCGGGCGGCCGCCCUGGAUCGCACCCCGUUCCUUCCUUCCUUCAUUCUUUCAGGCAACUCGCAUUCCUCGAGCGCCUGCGACAAUCUGCACCCAGAUUUAGGCACUGAUACAGAUAAGGAACAGUGGAAAGAGGUUCACAAACAGGUUGUUGAGAGUGCUUAUGAGGUGAUCAAACUGAAAGGCUAUACAUCCUGGGACAUUGGACUGUCUGUGGCAGAUUUGGCAGAAAGUAUAAAGAAGAAUCUUAGGCAGGUGCAUCCAAUUUCCACCAUGAUUAAGAGUCUUUAUGGCAUAAAGGAUGAUGUCUUCCUUAGUGUUCCUUGCAACUUGGGCCAGAAUGGUAUCUCAGACCUUGGGAAGGUGGCAGCGUUAGCCUUUAAACCCUACAAGCGUCUACCCAAAGAGCGAAGGGAAGAGAACUCACACAGAGGGCUUACCAGGGACGAGCCAGGGGCUGGCCCGCGGGAGCCGGUGACACUGACAGCAGGUGUCGCGGCCCCUUUAAGCAGGGAGGCUCGUGUUGCAAUCGCCGCCUCGAGGACGGGUUCUUUCCGGGGGGUGGAGCCUGGACCGUGGCAUCAGCCAACCAAAGCGCGGCAUUUUCCGCGGGAGAUCCGAAUUUCGCGGCACGCACCCCCGAAAGGCGUGUCCGCGACGGGCCCCGCCGAGCUGUGGCCAUCCGGCCUCAGCAGCCCCCGGCUCUGCCCGGCCACUGCAACCUUCUACGCCACACUGUACCCGCAGACGGCGCCUCCCGCAGCGGCGCCGGGCACCUGCCUCGACGCCACGCCCCACGGACCCGAGGGCCAAGCGGUGCGGUGCGUGCCGGCCGGCCGGCUGCCGGCCAAAAGGAAACUGGACUUAGAGGGCGUCGGGAGGCCUACAGUCCCUGAAUUCCGAACUCCCAAGGGGAAGGGCAUCAGAGUGGAUGGCCUCCCUAGCCCCAAAACCCCCAAGUCCCCUGGGGAGAAGACUCGGUAUGACACGUCGCUGGGACUGCUCACCAAGAAGUUCAUUUACCUCCUGAGCGAGUCGGAGGACGGGGUCCUGGACCUGAACUGGGCCGCCGAGGUGCUGGAUGUGCAGAAGCGGCGCAUCUAUGACAUCACCAACGUGCUGGAGGGCAUCCAGCUCAUCCGCAAGAAGGCCAAGAACAACAUCCAGUGGGUAGGCAGGGGAAUGUUUGAAGAUCCCAGUCGACCCGGGAAGCAGCAACAGCUGGGGCAGGAGCUGAAGGAGCUGAUGAACACAGAGCAGACCCUGGACCAGCUCAUCCAGAGCUGCUCGCUGAGCUUCAAGCACCUGACUGAGGACAAGGCCAACAAGAGACUGGCCUAUGUGACUUACCAGGAUAUCCGUGCUGUUGGCAACUUUAAGGAACAGACGGUGAUCGCUGUCAAGGCCCCUCCGCAGACGAGACUGGAAGUGCCUGACAGGACUGAGGAGAACCUGCAAAUAUAUCUCAAGAGCACCCAAGGGCCCAUUGAGGUCUACCUGUGCCCAGAGGAGGUGCAGGAGCCAGACAGUCCUUCCGAGGAGCCCUUCCCCUCCACCGCCAUUCUCAGUCCCAGCCCUGACUCCACCCAGCCCAGCAGCAACACUGACCCUGGGAUCAUGGAACCCACAGCAUCCUCAGUGCCAGAGCUGACUCAUCAGCAGAUCCUGCUGAUGUCGCCACCAUCCCUGGUCCCCUUGGAGGCCACUGACAGCAUGUUGGAGCCACCACACCCACUCCUGCAGCAGACUGAGGACCAGCUCCUGUCUCCAACAUUGGCAUGCAGCUCCCCUCUGAUCAGCUUCUCCCCACCCUUGGACCAGGAUGACUACCUGUGGGGCCUGGAUGGGGGUGAGGGCAUCAGCGACCUCUUUGACUCCUAUGACCUUGGGGACCUGUUGAUUAAUUGA